GUGGUGACCCGUCUUAUUCCUAAUCAAGAUUAUGCAAUCCAUUCAUCAGCCUUAUUGGUACAUGGAGCUUCAUCUGCUAUUUGCACUCUGCAGAGAAAUAAAGCAUAUAAGUUCCAAGCUGUGGCAGAACAGAUAAAGCACAGGAUGAGCAACGAAAAUUGGUGA